AUGAAUAAUUCUCGAUCGGAUAAACGUCGUGUUGCUUUAUUAAGUAAUAAUAAUAGUGAUAAUAUUCAAAGAAAGAAUUCUCAACAAAGAAAGAAUUCUCAAAAAGUUAAAAAACAAAAUUCUAUUAAAAAAGAUAAGAGAAGAAGUCAAAAUUCUAUCAUACAAAAUGAUAAAUUUUCUUAUUCAAGAUUACAAAAAUCUCCUUCCGUAAAACGUAUUAUUCAAUUAAGACGUACAACUCAAGUAACAAAAAGAGGUCGUCGUCAAUUGGAAUAUGCUCAUACUUCAAAUCCAAUAUCAAAUAAUGAUCCAACUGAUAUGGAAGCGGAUUUACCUCCAUUAAAAGAUCAAGGAUUUCCAUGGUUGCCUCGUUCAAUUGGUCCUCCAAGAUUAAUUCAUGCUCCCCUUAUACCUUUACCUCGAAAAAAUAUUCCUUCUUCUAAUAUAAGACAUACAAGGAAUUCAUCUAUACAAAUUGAGAAAACUUCAAAAUUGUUUUUUAAUACUAGAAAUCCUUUCUCUAGCUUAAUAUCAUCUAAUCCUACGAAGAAUUCACAAGUUAAUGAAGAACAAGAAUUACCAACACAAGAAGUUAAGCAAGAAAAUCGCGCCUCUCAGAUAUUUAGAAGAAGAUUAUUAGAACAAAGUUUAGCUAUGUCAUUUGGUGAAUUAAUAUCGACUAAUAAUUCUUUACAAAAUCAACAAAGACCUCUAAUACGCAAAAAAACGAGAAAGGGUAGUAAUGCAAGACUUGAAGAUAGGGAAGCAAGAAGAGAGAGACGAAGAAAAGAAA